CUACCUUCGAUAUGUAUGAAUCUAUUACAUGGCAUAUCAUGAUACCGUAAUAACCGCUCUUACCCAACAUUCGCAAACCUUCCUCCCUAUAUAUCUUCGUCUCUAUAUCCCUCUUCUUCCUAUAUAUAGGGACAACUCUUUCUCAACCUUUCUCAUGAGUUAAAUAAUCCAUUGAAGCAAUAGAAAUAACUAUUAUAUAAGAGCAAAGCACUACACUUAACUUCUCCACUUGGAUGGAGAAUAUUUCUUGUUCCAUCCUUUACUUUCUUCUCUUUCUUAUAGCUCUUCGCUUAUACUAUCAUAUUUCAUCAAAGAAACUAAAACGGAAAAACUUACGAAAAUUAAAGCUGCCUCCUGGUUCAAUGGGCUGGCCGUACGUGGGGAAAACACUCCAACUGUACUCUCAAGACCCAAAAGUCUUCUUUGCUAACAAACAAAAAAGGUAUGGCGAUGUAUUCAAAACACGCAUUCUUGGGUACCCUUGUGUUAUGUUAGCUAGUCCUGAAGCUGCCAGAUUCGUGCUGGUAACUUACGCGCACUUGUUCAAACCAACGUACCCUAAGAGCAAAGAGAGGUUGAUUGGCCCUUCUGCUUUGUUCUUUCACCAAGGAAACUACCAUUCUCGACUAAGGAAGCUGGUUCAGAGCUCGUUAUCUCCUGAAGUUCUUCGUAAACUAGUUACUGAUAUCGAGGCCUUGGCCGUUUCUUCCUUGGAGUCAUGGGCGGAAAAUAACAAAGUCAUCAAUACAUUCCGUGUGAUGAAGAAGUUCUCCUUUGAAGUAGGUAUUCUUACUAUAUUUGGUCAGCUGGAUGCUAAGUACAAAGAGGAGCUCAACAAAAACUAUUCCAUAGUAGAAAAAGGCUAUAAUUCUUUCCCUACGAACUUACCCGGAACUGCUUAUUACAAAGCUAUGGUGGCGAGGAGGAAGCUUAAUCAGAUUCUCAGUGAAAUAAUAUGUGAAAGGAAGGAGAAAAAAACAGUAGAGAAAGAUCUCUUGUGUCAUCUGUUGAAUUACAAAGAUGAGAAAAGACAGACUUUAACAGAAGAUCAAAUUGCUGACAAUAUCAUCGGGGUACUCUUCGCAGCCCAGGACACAACAGCUAGUGCUCUAACAUGGAUUCUCAAGUACCUCCAUGAUGACCAGAAACUUUUAGAAGCUGUCAAGGCAGAACAAAGAACAAUUUAUGAAUCAAAUGAAGGAGGAAAGAACCCGUUGAGAUGGGCUCAAACAAGAAAUAUGUCACUAACUUACAGGGUCAUUUUAGAGAGCUUAAGGAUGUCUAGCGUUAUAUCUUUCACCUAUAGAGAAGCUGUGGUUGAUGUACAAUACGACGGUUACUUGAUUCCAAAAGGUUGGAAGGUCAUGCCACUAUUUAGAAACAUUCAUCACAAUCCAGAAUUUUUUGCCGACCCUCGAACUUUUGAUGCUUCCAGAUUUGAGGUUGCUCCCAAGCCCAAUACCUACAUGCCAUUUGGCAAUGGUGCCCAUGCUUGUCCAGGAAAUGAACUUGCCAAACUGGAGAUGCUGAUUCUAAUUCAUCAUUUGGUUACCAAAUUUAGGUGGGAAGUCGUAGCUUCCAAAGGAGCAGUACAGUAUAGCCCAUUCCCCAUACCUCAGCAUGGACUUCCAUCUAGGUUCUGGAAGGAACAAGAAGCUUAACAGAUCCCUAGAAAACAAGAUGCCUCCUGAUAAAAGCUAAUACUAGCAACAGCAAAAAAAGUAAAAGGCAGAAGAUACCUCUGAACUUAGUUUCCAGUUUCUAGUUAAACUCAUCCCAGCAACUUUUUUCUUUCCUGGGGUCCAUUUUGUUCCCUUUGACGAAAUUGUAAUAGUAUAUAAUUAUUAGUAUGUAAAGUCACCACAUUUGCUAACAAAGAAAGUCGUAUCUUUUCUUCUUC